ACAAUCACGGACGCAGCCGGAACGGAGCACGCAGCCGCUGAGGUUUUUGUGGAGGCCUAGCCUCGGCCGCGUCGCUCUGGGUCAGCGCGGAGCCUGUGUAUCAGUGUAUGCCGUAUGCUUAUAUAGAUAGCCACACGGCCGGGGGGCGAUGUGACGACGCACCAGCAGCGAGGAGCAGCGGCAGCGGCGGACCACGCAUCCUCCCUAUCUUCACGAAAUCACGAUGGCGCCCGCCUGCUCCUUGCUCGCGCUCGCCCUCUCGGUCUGCUCCGUCGUCGCGGUCGCCGCGGCGCAGCAGGUGGACGCCGUGGCCGCGGCGCAGCAGGAGGCCGACCGCGUGGCUGGUCUGCCGGGGCAGCCGCCCGUGGGGUUCGCGCAGUACGCCGGGUACGUGACCGUGAACGAGACGCACGGCCGCGCGCUCUUCUACUGGUUCUUCGAGGCCACCGCGUCGCCCGACAAGAAGCCACUGGUGCUCUGGCUCAACGGCGGGCCCGGAUGCUCGUCGAUUGGGUACGGGGAAGCGGAGGAGCUGGGGCCCUUCCUGGUGCAGAAGGGCAAGCCGGAGCUCAGAUGGAACAACUACUCCUGGAACACAGAGGCCAACCUUAUGUUCCUGGAGUCCCCGGUGGGCGUCGGAUUCUCCUACACAAACACGAGCUCCGACCUGCUGCAGCUCGGUGACAAGAUCACCGCUGACGACGCUUACAAAUUCCUGCUCAACUGGUUCAAGAGGUUCCCGCAGUACAAGUCACACGAUUUCUACAUCGCCGGCGAGAGCUACGCCGGGCACUACGUCCCGCAGCUGUCGGAGAAGAUCUUCGACGGCAACAGGGCGGGGCACAAGGAGAGCCACGUCAACUUGAAGGGCCUGAUGGUCGGGAACGCGCUCAUGGACGACGAGACGGACCAGACGGGCAUGAUCGACUACGCCUGGGACCACGCCGUCAUCUCCGACCGGGUGUACGGCGACGUCAAGGCCAGGUGCGACUUCGGCAUGGCGAACGUCACCGACGCCUGCGACGCCGCGCUCCAGGAGUACUUCGCCGUGUACCGCCUCAUCGACAUGUACAGCCUCUACACCCCGGUCUGCACCGACCCCGCCAGCUCGUCGGCGCCCUACGCGCGGAAGGUUGCCGUUCACGGCGCCGCCCCCGGGAUCUUCUCCAGAUACCGAGGAUGGAUCAUGAAGCCAGCGGGCUACGACCCCUGCACGGCGGAGUACUCGGAGGUCUACUUCAAUCGGCCCGACGUCCAGGCGGCGCUGCACGCGAACGUGACAAAGAUCGGCUACAACUGGACACGCUGCAGCGAUGCGAUCUACACUUGGAACGACGCCGCCUUCUCCACCCUCCCCGUCAUCCGCAAGCUGGUCGCCGGCGGCCUCAGGUUGUGGGUGUUCAGCGGCGACACUGACGGAAGGAUCCCCGUGACGUCGACGAGGCUCACCCUCCACAAGCUCGGGCUCAAGACCGUCCAGGAGUGGACGCCGUGGUACGACCAUCUGCAGGUUGGUGGAUGGACGAUCGUGUACGAGGGCCUGACAUUCGUCACGAUCCGCGGCGCUGGGCAUGAGGUGCCUUUGUACGCGCCGCGGCAGGCGCGUACGCUCUUCAGCAACUUCCUGGCAGGCACCAAGAUGCCCCCAACGGCGUUCCCCUAACUGCUGUCUCCCCCUCUUUUCUCUCUCUCUCUCUCUCUCGCUUCUACCAAAGAUGCAUGUGUAAUUCGAUCGGAAAAAAAGGAAAAGGUUCAGGAAUAAAAGUCAGUCAGGUUUUAAUAGAGAAGAUUCAUAAUGCUCAAAAUCACAA